AUGGCUUUGGUAAAAUCUACAAAGCUCACAGAGGAGCAGGAAAAGAAGCUCCAGCAGCUUAUUCAGGACAUACCUGAUAUUCUCGCAAAAACGGAAGACCCUUCAUACGACGAGAUUUACGGUUAUCGCAUUGCCCCCGAGGAGAAGGAGUAUGUGAAUGUGGAAAUCAGAAAUGAGAUCUUGCUCAAGUUUUUGAUUGCAAGAGAGUACGACAUUGAAAAAGCCAAGGAGAUGUUAGUCAAUACUUUCAAUUGGAGAAGAAAGUUCCUUGUGCUUAGUGCCGCAUACGAUGAAAAGUUCGAUAAGGACUUGGAGAAGAUGGGCGUGAUAACCAAUUACGAGGGCAACAAGCACAAUUUUUCUGUUGUCACCUGGAAUUUGUACGCCAACUUGAAGAACCCCAAGAAGUUGUUCGCCAAGUUUGGUGUGGGUGUUGACAACCCUGAUAAGACCGACCUUCCAGGCACCAUGUUCUUAAGAUGGAGAGUAGGACUUAUGGAGAGAUCAUUGGCACUUUUGGACUUCACUAACCCGGACAAGUGCAAGAUUGCCCAGGUGCAUGACUACAACAAUGUAUCUAUGUUCAGAAUGGACCCUGGUAUGAAGGCAGCCACCAAAGAGAUUAUUACCAUUUUCGGCGAUAACUACCCAGAGCUUCUUUCUAAGAAGUACUUCAUCAAUGUUCCACUCCUUAUGGGCUGGGUUUUUGCUUUCUUCAAGGCCACAGGGUUUAUGAGCGCCGCCACAUUGAAGAAGUUCGAGAUGCUCAACCACGGCGACUUGUCAGAAGCUUUUGGUAAGGAAAAUUUGCCUCAGGCGUAUAAUGGUGGCGAGACAAAUGAGAAAUUUCCUGACAUUUUUGCUCUGCAGGUCGAUGAUUCCACGAUUGAGAGCCCCGAAUACGGCCUGAUCAUAUUGGAAAAAUUGAAAAAGGCACAGGAAGAAGAGAGCAAGAAACAGGAAUUAGCGGAGCCUGUUGAAAAGACCACUGAGGGUGCCAACAUCGCCACGGACUCCAAGAUUACCGAGGAUGCCGGACCUGAGACCCCGGACGAUGAGAAGGUCACAAAGAAGGAUGAGACCGUCGCUUAA